CCAAAAAAAAAAAAUUGAAACCCAAACCAAUAAGAAGAAAAAGGAGAUUCUUGGUCGGAGAUAUGGAUUCCGGCGAGGAUAAGAUCCCUCCGGGAGACCGGACGGCGGUCGGAACGACGGUGGUGGAUGUCGGAACGAUGAUUCUGCAGAGGCGGAGACCGGUGAAGCAAAUGAACCAACACGUCUCCACCUUCUCAAUCUACGGCGGAGAUAUGCCACGUCAGAUCUCGACCCACCACUUCCUCCACCGCCUCAACUCCGAUUUCCUCCAGUCCGCCGUCUACGAUUCCGACUCCUCUGGCGCACGUCUCAUCGGGAUUGAAUAUAUAAUUUCGGAUCGGUUAUACGAAAAUCUACCGCAAGACGAGCAAAAGCUAUGGCACUCUCACGCUUACGAGGUCAAGUCCGGGGCUUGGAUUUAUCCGCAAAUGCCCGAAAAGUUAGUCGCUCCCGAGCUCAAUAACAUCGCCAAGACAUACGGCAAGUUUUGGUGCACUUGGCAAGUGGACCGAGGCGAUAAGCUACCGAUUGGUCCGCCCGAGCUGAUGAUGUCGCCACAGGCCGUGGACCGAGGGGUGAUCAGGCCUGAGCUCGUAAAGAGCCGGGAUGAGAAGUAUAAGAUUUCAACCGAUGAAUUGAAGCAUCGGAGGGCGGAGAUAGCGGAACCCGAGUGGAUUAACCCGAUGGCCGAUUACUGGAAACAGCACGGUAAGUGUUUCCUACUCGAUAUCGUCCCUGUCGAGAUGAACCGUAACGCACCUUUCCCUUGAACCGAGUAUGGAACUAUUAGAUGAGUACGGAACUAUAAGAUAUAAUCAGGUUCUGUGAAAAAACAUUGUGUAACAUCAUUUUCAAUUUAUUUGGUAAUUCCGAAAAACCGAAAUUAUAAUA